GCGGCGAGGGUCAUUCCCAGCCGUAGCUUGCGCGAACGGACUGAGGAGUGGCGACAGGCAAGUGACACUCCUGGAGGUUUCAUAGUGCCGCCUCCGAGGCCAGCCCCGGUGCUCCGCAGGGUCGUCGCUUCUGCGUUCUUGGUGCUGCCCAGAGCCAGCGCUUAAGACCUGGAGGCCAGGCCCGAGGCGGUGCCGCCAUGGACUUCUCCAAGUUCCUGGCUGAGGACUUCGACGUGAAGGAGUGGAUCAACGCGGCGUUCAGGGCUGGCCCCAAGGAGGCGGCGGCCGGGAAGGCGGACGGCCACGCGGCCACCCUGGUGAUGAAGCUGCAGCUGUUUAUCCAGGAAGUGAACCACGCCGUGGAGGAAACAAGUCUCCAGGCUCUUCAAAACAUGCCCAAAGUGCUGCGUGAUGUCGAAGCCCUUAAACAAGAGGCAUCUUUUCUGAAAGAACAAAUGAUCCUAGUCAAGGAAGAUAUUAAAAAAUUUGAACAGGACACAUCUCAGUCGAUGCAGGUAUUGGUAGAAAUCGACCAGGUGAAGUCCAGAAUGCAGCUUGCAGCUGAAUCUCUUCAGGAGGCAGACAAGUGGAGCACAUUGAGCGCUGACAUUGAAGAGACAUUUAAGACACAAGACAUAGCAGUGAUUUCUGCCAAGCUAACAGGCAUGCAAAACAGCCUAAUGAUGCUGGUUGAUACUCCAGACUACUCCGAAAAAUGCGUGCACUUGGAGGCGCUAAAGAACAGGCUGGAGGCCCUGGCCAGUCCUCAGAUCGUGGCAGCGUUCACCUCCCAGUCUGUAGAUCAGUCCAAAGUGUUCGUGAAGGUGUUCACAGAAGUGGACCGGAUGCCCCAGCUCCUUGCAUACUACUACAAGUGUCACAAGGUGCAGCUGUUAGCGGUGUGGCAAGAGCUGUGCCAGAGUGACCUAGCCCUGGACCGGCAGCUCACUGGACUCUACGAUGCCUUGCUUGGUGCUUGGCACACACAAACCCAAUGGGCUCUGCAGGUUUUCAAGAACCCCCAUGAGGUGGUGACGGUGCUGCUGAUUCAGACCCUGGGGGCCUUGGUGCCCUCCCUGCCCAUCUGCCUCAGUGCUGGUGUGGAGAGGGCAGGGCCCGAGCUGGAGCUCACCAAACUGCUGGAGUUCUACGAGGCUACCGCCCACUUUGCCAAGGGGUUGGAGACGGCGCUGCUCCCCCACUUACAUGAGCACAACCUGGUGAAAGUCAUGGAGCUGGUGGAUGCCGUGUACAGCCCGUACAAACCCUACCAGCUCAAGUAUGGCGACAUGGAAGAGAGCAACCUCCUCAUCCAGAUCAGCGCUGUGCCUUUGGAACAUGGGGAAGUGAUCGACUGUGUGCAGGAGCUGAGCCACUCUGUGAACAAGCUCUUUGGUCUGGCAUCUGCGGCUGUUGAUAGAUGCGCCAAAUUCACCAAUGGCCUGGGGACCUGCGGCCUGCUGGCAGCCCUGAAAUCCCUCUUUGCCAAGUAUGUGUCUGAUUUCACCAAUACUCUCCAAUCAAUACGAAAGAAGUGCAAACUGGAUGAUAUUCCUCCCAACUCCCUUUUUCAAGAAGAUUGGACGGCUUUUCAAAACUCCAUUAGGAUCAUAGCCACCUGUGGAGAGCUCUUGCGGCAGUGUGGGGACUUUGAGCAGCAGCUUGCAAACAGGAUUUUGUCCACAGCCGGGAAGUACCUCUCCGACUCCUACAGCCCGCGGAGCCUGGCUGGUUUUCAGGAUAGCAUCUUGACAGAUAAGAAGAGCACUGCCAAGAACCCAUGGCAAGAAUAUAAUUACCUCCAGAAAGAUAACCCUGCUGAAUAUGCCAGUCUAAUGGAAAUACUUUAUACCCUCAAGGAAAAAGGGUCGAGUAAUCACAACCUGCUGUCUGCGUCUCGAGCAGCCCUCACUCGGCUUAACCAGCAGGCCCACCAGCUGGCCUUCGACUCCGUGUUCCUGCGCAUCAAACAGCAGCUGCUACUGGUUUCCAAGAUGGACAGCUGGAACACAGCCGGCAUUGGAGAAACCCUAACAGAUGACCUGCCUGCCUUCAGUCUCACCCCUCUCGAGUACAUCAGCAAUAUCGGGCAGUACAUCAUGUCCCUCCCCCUGAAUCUUGAGCCAUUUGUGACUCAGGAGGACUCUGCCUUGGAGCUGGCAUUGCAUGCCGGAAAGUUACCAUAUCCUCCUGAGCAAGGGGAUGAAUUGCCUGAGCUGGACAACAUGGCUGACAACUGGCUGGGCUCAAUUGCCAGAGCCACAAUGCAGACCUACUGCGACGUGAUCCUCCAGAUCCCGGAGCUGACCCCACACUCCACCAAGCAGCUGGCCACUGACAUCGACUAUCUGAUCAACGUGAUGGAUGCCCUGGGCCUGCAGCCAUCCCGCACCCUGCAGAGCAUCGUGACGCUCUUGAAGACCAAGCCUGAGGACUACAGACAGGCCAGCAAAGGCCUGCCGCGGCGCCUCACCACCACGGUGGCCACCAUGCGGGGGGUACCUUCUGAAUUGUUCAGAUGAAGGGCCACACAUCUGGAGUUUGCGGCAGAACAGCCCAGCAGGAGAAGCCAACCUUAGUCGGCAGAUCCCAGGACGUUCGAUGUGAGUUCAUCAAACUGCUUAUGCAUCUGUUCUCAAGUCUCCAUAAUGAGGAGCUUAAAAAUACCUUUUGAGGGGCCAGCA